AUGAGUUUGAAAUCGUAUCUUGAAUUUAUAAAUGGAAAAACAAGUUGCGAAGUAGAGUUGAGAAGAUUAUUAAAUGCUUUUAAUGAAAGUGAAAAAUGGGCUCUUGAUGUGGUUGAUUCAUGGGGCGAUCCUUCUAAAGCUUUGCAAAAUUCACGUUCCUUUGAUUUUGGAAGAUUUGUAGAUUGCACUGGAUUUCAAAAUGAUUCAUUUAGUGGAAAAUAUUGCGUUGCAAAAUUCUCGCCAAUGAGAAUCAAAGCAAAAAAUGACGAUUCUCACCAAAUCUGGAGAUUAUUAUCUAAUCUUAAAAGUGAAUUUAAAUCAGGUUUAUGCAUACCUAGUGUUUGUAAUGAAAAAGAAUUAAAAGAUAUUGGGCAAUCUUUAACUGAUAACCACAGCGUUGAAUUAAAUUUCGUAAAGUGCUAUGAACCUUUUACUUUCAAAAUGUUAGAUUAUGUGUUGAUAUUUAUCUUAUUAACAGUUAUAUUCAUCGUUAUAUUUUGCACAAUAGGUUCAGAAAUUAUCAACUGUAUUGAUGCAAUUAAAGUUUUGUCAGCCAUUUGGAUCAUAAUUGGGCAUAGAAAUGAUAUGAUUGCUCAACUAUUUGGAUACAAAACGGAGCAGAAAACUUUAUGGUCAUCUGCAAUGAACAACAUGAUUCUCAGUUACUUUAAUUGUGUCGAUACAUUUUUAACAUGUUCGGCAAUUUUAGUUACUCAAAGUUUUUUAAAAUUAUUUGAUAGUGGCAAAUUUAGGCUGCUGCAAGUUCUUAUUUUACGAUAUCUUAGAUAUCUUCCAAUUCUUGGAAUAUUAUUAAUGUUCUCAGCAAGUUCUUUGCCUCAAUUUUUCGCUAGUGGACCUUUGUUUUUCAUUAUUAGACAAAGAAGAAUCAAAUGCUCCCAAACGUGGUGGUCAACUCUUCUGUUUAUUCAAAAUUUCGUUCAUGUUAAUGAUAGUUGUAUGAAUUAUGCUUGGUAUCUUGCUGUUGAUCUACAACUUUUCCUAUUAGCAACAGUGUUUACUUACCUUCUGUGGUUAUUUGGAAAAAAAUUUCUGCGUAUAAUAUUUUUAGUGAUUUGUUCACUUCAGUUUUGCACUUUUAUAAAACUUCAAAACAAAACUAUGCAUCCAAUAAAAUGGUAUAAACAGCCCCAAUAUCGCCUGGCAGAGUAUUUGGUUGGAAUAAUGUUUGGAUAUUUGAUGUACACAAAAAACAAAAAGAAAUUGAACUUGGGGAAGUCUAUAACGUCAGCAUGUUGGAUGCUUUCACUAGGAUUUCUUGGAACACAUAUUUUUACUAGAAGUUUGUUGACUUAUAAUGGUUUAUUUAAAUCUUUUAUUGAAUCUGUUCAUCUUGAGAUAUGGACAUGUUCAAUUUCUUGGAUCAUUUUUGCUUGUCACGUUCUAAAAUCUGGAAACAUUCUAAGGAAAUUCCUUUCACAUAGUUUCUGGCAGCCUUUAUCAAAAAUAUGUUUAAGCGUUUAUUUAGCUCAUUUUAAAUAUCUGGAAAUUACACAUUUGAAUCAGAAAGAAUUUAAUGUUCAGACAUUGUGGCAAAAAAUAUCAAUUUUUACAACUGAUGUAGUUAUAUCUUUUAUUCUUGGCUUGAUUCUUUUCAUAGAAAACAUCACUAAAGUAUAA